UAUUGAUCAAGGGUUUGUAAGAUCUCCAUCUUUAUAACGUGUAAGCAGAGUGUAUUUUGGUGGUGGCACAGGUGGAUUAACCCGGACACAGGUACAUCAACAUCUCACAGGACAUGGGCUGCUUAGGUAGUAAAGACCGCCUGUCCAAGGAGGAUAUGGACUUUCUCAAAUCGCACACCCGGUACGAUGAGUCCACAAUCAAGGAAUGGUAUAAAGGCUUCAAGCAAGAUUGUCCAAACGGCAAGCUAACGCCAGCGAAGUUUGUAGAUAUGUACAAAAUGUUCUUCCCGUCGGGCAAUGCAGAAGAGUUUUGCGAUCACGUCUUUCGAACGUUCGAUAUGGAUAAGAACGGUUAUAUCGAUUUUAAGGAAUUUCUGUUAGCAAUUGAUGUAACCUCGAGUGGCACACCGGAAGAGAAACUAAAAUGGGCGUUUAGGAUGUACGAUGUAGACGGUAACGGCGUAAUAGACAUUCAAGAAAUGACUAAAAUAGUGCAGGCAAUAUACGAUAUGCUUGGCGCGUGUUCGUCGAACAAACCGGCCGACUCGGCGGAAGAGCGCGCGAAAAACAUCUUCGCAAAGAUGGAUGAAAAUAACGACGGUCAGCUGACGCAGGACGAGUUCCUGAAGGGUUGCCUGCAGGACGAGGAACUGUCCAAAAUGCUCGCACCCUAAGCAGGAAGGGGGGAGUACGGAGAAAGCCCUUCCCCAUUCAUCAUUGCCAUAUAUAAGACACCAUACAAUCAUACUUUUUUGCACACAUCCUAGCGCAAAACAAAAACAAAAGAAGAA